AACCGACUGUCUAACACUCUUACACAGUAUAUCAGGGUGUCAAGAAGGGAAAACGAGUCUCGUGAAUUAUAAAACUGGAAGGAUUUCAAAAGAUAGAAAAGUUAAAAGAGGACUGUGCUUAAGUAAGAGUCGCAGAAAGAAAAUGGAGAACAACCUAGCUGUUAGCACUGUCGCCAUUCCAAUGGAUAGUUAUGACCGCCGACCUUCAGCAUGGUUCAGGGAAAGUUUUGGAUUAUUGGGAAAAUAUGGAAAAAUUUCUAAAGAACAAUUUGUUAGAGCGUCUUGUGAUAUAGGGGAUUUAAGCUCAAAGUUGUAUGGCAUGUUUGAUCCAAAAAAUGUUGGAUAUGUACAAGUUCAAGAAGUUGUUGGUUCUUUUAGAUUGUUAUAUCUACGGAGCAAAACUGGUAAUGGAAAAGCAAACACAAAAUCAUUCAUUUGGUUAAGGAAUAGUGUGGAGUAUCUAGCAGAUUCGAAUGGCAAUAUUCCAUCUGAAAAACUAAAAGAAGAAAUGACGAAAGCAAAAUUUAUGGAGAAUUUUUUUAAGCUUUUGGAUGUUAAUAAUGAGGGCGAAAUUAGUUUGAGCCAAAUUGUUGCAGCAAUCGACAGAAUUGAAUGCUCCUCGACAGAUUCCAAGUGGUAUGAAUGGAUCGAAGAAAAAUUUUCAGUGGACAGCAAUGAAUCACGUUUAAUCACUCUAAAGCAAUUUAAGAAAGGACUUCACAUUGAAAAGAGUUUUUUUGCCGAACGAUUUUUCCAUUUGUUUAAAACGGACUUAGUUGAGGAGGCAGAUUCAAUUUCAAUGAAAGAUUUGUGCCAGGGACUAGAAAUGUUAACGAAUGGAAGUCAAAUAGAAAAGUUGAAGUUUUUAUUUAAAGUUUAUGAUAUUGAUGGCAAUGGUAAGCUUGAUCGGAAUGAAAUGAAAACAGUUCUGGAAUCAUGUGUUGAAGAAAGUUCUUUAAGCAUGGAUCAGCAACAAGUUGAAGAUCUAACAGACGUUUUGUUUGAAGAGUCUGACAAAGAAGGAAAAGGAUUUAUUACAUUUGAUGAGCUGCAAAGUUUUCUUGAUAAAUUUCCAGGAAUUGCCGAAAACCUGACCAUCAGUGCUGGUAAAUGGUUGACCCCACCUCAAAAGUCAAAGAAGAAAACAGUCUCAAGUUAUAUUCCAAAAUAUUUUACUUGGAACUACAUUAGCAACAACCCGGAACGCGUGGGUUUUAUUACUUUUUAUCUUCUUAUUAACGCUGCCCUUAUGGUAUGGGUUGGCAUUGAAAGAGCACCAAUGGGAGUAUUUGUUGUUUUGGCCAGAAUCCAUGGCAUGUGUUUGAAUCUUAACUGCACAUUUAUUUUUGUGCUCAUGUUAAAAAUGAGCUUGACUUGGCUAAGAUCAACGUCGUUGAGGAAAAUACUGCCGAUAGAUGAUCAUAUAAUGUUUCAUAAACUCGUUGGUCUCUUUAUUAUCUAUCUCAGUUUUGGUCAUACAUUGGGUCAUGUUGGCUUUUACAUUGACACACCAGGAAUGAAAGAUAACAAUGCAACAUUAGCUGUUUGGGAAUAUCUUUUUACAACACGAGGAAAGCAAGGAUGGUUUGAAAACCUUGCUGGAAUCACAGGAGUUAUUUUAAUACUUAUACUCGUCAUUAUGGGGAUUUUUUCUUUGCCAUUUGUUCGAAGGAGUGGACAUUUUGAGAUAUUUUACUGGACUCAUCAUCUUUUCAUCGCAUUCUGGAUAUUAAUUAUACUUCACGCUCCAAAUUUCUGGAAAUGGAUUAUUGUUCCAGGAAUCCUUUAUAUAGUCGAAAGAAUAAUUCGUCUACGAUGGUUCAACCUCGCAAGAUAUGGACGAACGUUUAUUGAAGAAGGAAUCACUUUACCAUCUAAGGUAACACAUCUUGUAAUCACAAGACCUCCAAACUUUAACUUCAAACCAGGAGAUUAUGUUCAUAUCAAUAUUCCAGAAAUUGCUAGUAAUGAAUGGCAUCCAUUUACAAUAAGCAGUUCUCCAGAACAAGAAGACGUUUUAUGGGUACAUGUGAGAGGUGUUGGUACAUGGACCAAAAAGUUGUAUGACUACUAUGAAAAAGAAAUUGACAAUGAAGAACAAAAUGAAGGUAAAAAAAGGUCAACCAUCAGACGAGAAAGAACUCAUCGGGCAAAAGAUCGUGAUAGAUAUAAAGAAGACAUUGGUGAAGACAAUGAUGGAGUUGUAUCGGAAAACAAUGAUAAUAAUGAGAUAAAAGAAUCGGAGAACACAAUGACAGUUAGACGUCGCAAGUCACCUUCACAAAAUCGAAAGAAAUUGAGAAUUUAUGUCGACGGGCCGUAUGGAGCACCCUCAGUUCAUAUCUUUGAAGCUGAGCAUGCAGUAUUGAUUGCCGGCGGUAUCGGUGUUACACCAUUUGCUUCCAUUCUUCAAAGUAUAAUGAAGAAAGUUCAAAGUGCAACUAACGAUUGUCCACUUUGUCACCAUAAAUGGGUUGGAGCAAUGCCUCAAGGAUUGCAAAAACUUAGAAAGGUUGAUUUCUACUGGAUAAAUCGUUGCCAGCGCUCAUUUGAAUGGUUUCUUAGUUUAAUGAAUGAAAUAGAAGUUCAACAAUGCUGUCAAGGUUUGAAGAAAAAUUUCAUCGACAUGCACAUACACAUGACGUCAGCUUUAAAAAAAGAUGAUAUGAAAGGACUGGGUCUACAGUUAGCAUUAGAUUUAAUUCAUGAAAAGAAUUCUGUGGAUAUGAUUACUGGCUUGAGAACGAAAACAUCACCAGGAAGGCCUAACUGGGAUAAGGAAUUCGAAAGGCUUUACAAUGAAAAACAAGGCAAAGUAACUGUGUUUUUUUGCGGUGCACCAGUCAUGGGCAAAGUGAUCAAAGUUUACUGCAGAAAAUAUGGAUUUGGGUUUCGAAAAGAAAAUUUCUAAUUCCAAAUCGCGAUGUUACCAACAAUAUUUACUCGUAAAUGAAAAACAGCAUAACAAAAAUUCAGUCUCUGGUAGAAAACAUACGAUAAUUUCUGAUAUAAAUUCAUUGACAGUAAAAGAAAUAUAGCAAAUGACAUUUGUAUAACAAAUGAAAUUGUAAGAAAACCUACGAUAUGAAUCAUAACAGUCAUAGUUAAAUGUAUAUAGGUUUGUCUGUAAAUUAAUUUAAAGAAAAGCAUUAAUUGCUGAUAUACAAACAUAGCACAAAUAAAUAGGAAAGACAGCAUGGUCAAAUAGUACGUAUUUACUAUACAUAUUUCUAGCCAAAGAAUAUACUGUAGUAUUGUAUACAAAGAAAAACACUUGGUGUAGCAACUUUAGAAACAUUUUUCAUACGAUAUAUUCAACGUUCAACUUUUUCCAACUGACACUUUUAUGAAAUAUAAUAGAAAACAUCAUCUUGUAAACUAAAAA